UGUCCAUAAACUUAAAAGGAAAAAAAUGGUUACAAGGUCACUGUGCUUGUUUUUACUUGUCGGCUCAUUAAUUCAGGUAAAUGACGCAACGUCGUCGGUUAUGGUUAUAGCCCAAUACAUUCCGAAAUUCCUCUCCUUAUCUGUCGAAAUAACUAAGGUAGUGGGAAAUGGAACACAAGAAAUAUUUAAUACCCAAAAACAUAUAAAAGAAGUUGUAGACUCCGCGGAAAAUAAAGUAAAAAAACAGUUAGCUGAUCUGGACAAAUUUAUUGCAGAAGCAGAAAACAAAGCUUCUAAAAACCAUACAAACAUAACCUCUUGCUUAAUUGAAGAACACCAAGGUAUCAAUCGUAUCCAUUUGACCAUCAUGGAAAAGUGUAGACUACAGAAUAGUGUGAAGCACCUGUAUGCCUUCUCGUUGAACUUAGCGAAAGAAGAGCUAUCUCUGUCUAUAGUAAUACAGUGGUGUAUCAUAAAGCAUCCUCUAGAUGGAACUAAAUUAAAAACUUGCUUUGAUGAUAAGAUUGAUGAUGUGGAAAGCAAAAUUACGACGUUUCAGAACGAGAUACGUACAACACUACCAGAAGCCAUGGGAUAUUCUGAUAGCUGUACUGCAAGGUACUCAGAAGGGUUGAACAAGGCAACUGAUACAAUUUACUGGACUUUUAAGAAUUGUAUAGAGGCAGUUAUUUCUUGAUAUGUAAAGAUUUAAGGCAAAUAAGCUUUUAU